GCUGAUUGGUCAAAAGUAAAGUUUUUAUCUCUUACUUUCUAUCACGUAAGCAGUAAAUGUGAGAUUAGAAUUAGGCCUAGUUAGAAUCAAGAUGGAUCAAUUCUUUGGUGGAUUAAGAAAGUUAUUUCAAACAGGUAAAACUGUUAUAGAUAAUUACGUUUUCCAGUUACACUAUCGUUUAACCGUGAUCAUACUGAUCGCGUUCAGUUUGUUGGUAACGGGAAGACAAUACUUCGGAGAUCCCAUAGAUUGCAUAUCGAAAGACGACAUACCAUCCGAUCUACUCGAUACCUUCUGUUGGAUUCACACGACGUUCAGCGUACCAUCAGCAUGGCACAAAGAAGUUGGCGAAGAAGUUCCAUAUCCUGGAGUAGACAAAUUCGUCAAAGGUGAAAAGAAAGUCCAUCACGCUUAUUAUCAAUGGGUAUGUUUCGUUCUGUUCCUUCAAGCCAUAUUAUUUUACCUUCCAAGAUACUUCUGGAAAGCCAUGGAAGGAGAUCGAGUGAAGAGUCUUGUCAUGGAUCUAAAAUCUCCGAUUUUUAAACCGGACAGCAAGGAAGAAUCGCGUACAUUGCUGAUCGAUUAUCUACUCAGGAAUAAAGGUAACCACAAAUUAUAUUACUGCUGUUAUUGUUUAGCCGAAUUUAUGAAUUUCCUCAACGUGGUGGGUCAAAUGUUUCUGAUGAAUCGAUUUCUGGGAGGCGAAUUCUCUUCCUACGGCCAUCUUGUAUUGCAAUUUACGGAAUGGGAUUGGACUGCCAGAUACGAUCCCAUGAUUAAAGUAUUCCCAAGACUUUCUAAGUGUACUUUUCAUAGAUUCGGUUCUUCGGGAAACGUACAACGUCACGAUGCUAUGUGUAUUCUCCCAAUUAACAUUGUUAACGAGAAAAUAUAUGUUUUCUUAUGGUUCUGGUUCGUGAUAUUGGCAGUAGUUACCGGCUUAACUCUCGUAUAUAGGGGUGUAGUUUUCUUUUCGGCUAAGACAAGAUAUAGAAUAUUGCAAGUACGUUCGAGUAACGCCGAAAAUGAUGCCUUACAAACUGUAGUUGAUAAAUCAGCAGUAGGGGAUUGGUAUGUACUGUAUUUACUCAGUAAAAAUAUAAACGGACAUCACUUCAAAUAUGCCAUAGAAGAAUAUGCUAAACACUUGGAAGGACGUGCUAAAAUUUCGCAAUAAUUUUAAAAAAUUUAAUUAAUUUACCAUUAUUUUUUUGAUUUAUUCUGCAGUAGCCAUAUUAAGUUUUGUAAAUUUAGGUUGUUGCUAUUUUAGCUUUGUAAUCCCCUGUGUUAGCUCAUUGUCAAUUGAAAGACUCCAUACAAUCCUUUUACAUUCUGAUUGAUAUGCGUUAUAAUUUUAACGUUAAAUAACCAUUUAAAAUAUUCGAAAGUAUAACGUAAUUAAAAAAUUUAUUAACAUAUGCAAAUUACUUCUUAGAAAUAUCAAAGUAAAUGUAAACAAAUGACAUCAUUUUACGUCACGUAUAUGCUGUAUAUCUUUCGAAAUAAGGAUAUAAGGUGCAGUAAAUCGAAUAUUUAAUUUACAAAUGGGUUUCUUGCGCUGUAUUAUUGUUAUUAUUUUUUCGUUUUUAUGAUAAUACUUCAUUAAAUUAUGCUUGAUGUAAAAAAAUGAAGGUUGUAUAGAACAAGUAUGACUUGCAAUUGUAACAAGGUUUCCACCCAAUGAAUGAUUUAAAAAUUUUUAAUAAUUUGAUGUGAUUUAAAUUUGUAUUUUUAUAUGGAAAUAAAGUUGA